AUGAAUUACGAACCUAAUCGUGAACCAGAUGUAAGUUUGUUGACUAUUCCACGGCCAACUGACAAAGAUUUUAAUUCAACAAUUGCGAUUGUUGCUCAGCCAGACGGAUCUGGUCACCAGGAAGUUCCAACUUCUCCCGUACCUUCUCACGAUUCCGGUUUUACCGUAAGUCCUAGCACAUUUAGAGAUAACACUUAUGUUUCAAAUGACGUUGGAGCCACUAGUUCAGGGGUAGUUUUAACUGUCGGAACGACCUUUGAAAAUUGGGAACAUGUUGACGAAUAUCUUGAGAUAUAUGGGCGUGAGCAAGGUUUUGUCGUUAGAAAAAAACGUGUGGAAAGAGACGAAAUGGGAAUGGUUAGGAAAAGGACAUAUGAUUGUGAACAUGGGGGACGUUACACACCAAAGAAAAAGGCAGCGUUGUCUGAACAACGCAACAGGACCUCAAAGCGUAUUGAAUGCGGAUGGCAUAUCAAUCUUUCUUUUCCCAAAACUAGCUCACACAUAACUGUUACCACUUUUGUAAAUGAGCAUAAUCAUACGUUAAAUCUUCAACAAACGCGAGAACCUCGUCCAUCAACACAUGCGCCAUCGGCUCACUCUGUUUCACCAAGAUAUCGAAGCGUACUGGAAGCAGCAACAGUACCUAAAAAUCGUAGCUUACCAAAAUCUGUACUUGAAGACAUUGAAUUCUAUACUCUUCAUGGAAAUCUUGGCGUCACAACCCAGCGACAAUUAUUGAAGGCGAAGUAUCCAAAUCAUCAACUACCUGCACGUGAUAUUGCCACUGCAGUUCAAAAGUUUAAAGGUGACACAGACAUAAAGCAAUUAGAUAAUGACGCAGCAAAACUUUGGAUUUGGGAAUUAGCUAGGAAAGCAACGCAAAUUGCGGUUGAUCAACAAGACCACAGUUUGGAAGAGCUUUUAAAAAGUUAUAUAAAGAACAAGGAGGAACGUACGAGAACGAAUUCUCAGAAUACACAACAAUAA